GAUAAACAUAGACAAAGCUUGAUAACAAACGACAAUUAAGUAAAAUAAAUUUUUUAAAGUAGAUACGUGCGUAUCUAUCGAAAAAUUAACGUAUAUAUAAAUAGCAACAAAUAUUCAACGAUCGUGAAGAGGAAGGGAAUAUCGUGAUAAUAAACAAAUCAUUUAAUAUCAGAAAAGAUAAUAGUAAUUCUUCCAAAUCUUUUUUCAACUAAUGACUCAUUGAAGAAUGGUCUUAAUAAAGACUUAUCAACUAGAAAUCAAAAACAAAUAUAAAAAAUACAACUUGGUUAUUUUUCCAACAAACGGAAUUACUUGAUUAAGAGUUGUAUCAAGGAGAAGGUGGGAGCAACAACCUAGCCGAUGUGCAUUGGCUCGGAUAACGGAUCCUGUUGGACGGGAUCCUGAACAGUUAGACCGAGUGCAUCCGAGCUUCCAAGUCCGCCAUACACGGUUAGAAGACAAGCAAGGUCACGACAUUGACAACGAGGAAAAAUUGCCGAAAUUUUUGCGACAUUUCUUGCUGUUCUAGUGAUUUCGAAAUUAAGAUUUGAUCAUAAUCAAUGUAUUGACAGUUUGAAUAGUGUAAAUAAAUUGUGGCAGCAACAAGAAUGUGAAAGAAGACAAUACAUAGUACAGCUAGAAAAUGAUGGCUGGAUAUUUCACAUACAGAAAGUAUUAUAUAAGCUUUCUGUUAUAUUAAAAGAACUACUUUCUAUAAAAAAAAGAAUACUUUCCAAGUAUUUAUGUCUUGAGUGAUCGCUCGUAACGGAAAGAUUCAAGAACAAUGGAUGUAAAUUUUAUACGUUAUUUAUUUAUAUUUUUCUCUUGUACAACAUUCAUUUUUGGAUCUCUUAUCCUCUAUGCUGAAGCUUAUGUACCUGUUUUAAUUACACGUACGUUUAAUUACGGUAAAUAUGCAAUUAAAAUUCAUCAACCUAUAAUUGCAAAAACUGAAGUACCAAAAAAAUGGUUUAGACAUUUCUAUGUCUUUGCAGCACCAAUUUUUACUUGUUCUUUUAUCCUAUUUUUCUAUAAAUAUUUUAUGAACGGAACAAUUCCAGAAAUUAUAUAUUGGUUAUUAGAUACAUCACUUGGCACGUCUAGAAAAGCAUUAAUAUCACCAGAAUGUGGAUUUUUAACUAUAAUACUUCUUGCUAUUCAUUGUUGGAAAAGAUUCUAUGAAACGCAUUAUGUUAAUGUUUUCUCUGAUAAAAAAAUUAAUAUUCUUCAUUAUAUAGUUGGAUAUUUACAUUAUAUAGGAACAAUAUUAAGUAUUAUGGGUGAAUCAUAUGGUUUCAUUCGAGAUUCUAAAGAAUUAAUUCACUGGCAUACAUUAACGCUCUUGCAAAUAGUUUGUGCUAAUAUAUUUUUAUUAUCCUCGUUAAUACAAUUACAAAGUAAUUUUAUCUUAGCUAAUUUAAGAAAAUCUGAAAAUAAUAAAGUUGUCUUUGAUGGCUAUAAAGUACCGCAUGGUGGCUUAUUUGAAUAUUUGUCUACACCAUUGCAAUUUACAGAAAUUUUAAUGUAUUUAAUGUUAUCUAUUAUUCUUUGGCAAAGUAAUACAUUUCAUUACAUUACAUUUUGGGUUGUAAUAAACCAAGUACAAUGUGCUAUGAUGACUCACUUAUGGUAUAAAAAAACUUUUCAAAACUAUCCAAAAAAACGUAACAUUUUAAUCCCAUAUUUAUUUUAAAAGUAAUUAUUACCACCUUAUAUUUCUAACAUUCAUAAUAUCCUUAUUAUACGUUAUACAUUAUACAUUAUUAUAUAUUAUAUAUACAUGUUUCAUUCCUCAAUUAUGACUGUUAAAGUAACAUUGAAUAAUAAGUAUUUACUUAAGU